AAAGAUUUGAUUUAUUUAUAGUGCUUACAAAGUUAAACUAAUAAAUAGUAUAUGGAUUUCACUUAGAUUGACCUAUUCAAGUAGCCAUUUUCAUUUUACUUUAAAAAUAAAAAUGAUAAAAAAGGAAGCUUUAUAGGCUCUUUUUUAUCGGCCUUAAUUAUAUCAAGCGUACUAGCAUACUUCAUUUAUCAAAUUAAACAAUACUUUGACAACUAGAUUGACCCAAAGUUUAGAUCUCAGAGCUUCAUCACAAAUUAAUAAACACAAAUUGAUCUUCACGAAGACUUGAUUUCGUUCAAAUUCACCUAUAAUCAAAGCUUAACAAUAGAUGAAUAUUAAGCUUUGUCUAAUUAAACAUAUCUGGUUUACUAGGCUUAUUUUAUAUAAUCUUACAAGUAAUAAACUAAUUUCACAUAAUUAAACAUCAUUAAGUGCUCAAAUCCCCAACUUAGUGACUAUAACUGCUUAGAUUUGUCAAGCAUACCUUAGAAAACUAUGCUAAGCAACUUUUAGGAUAGAAAUUACUACUCGCUGAUGAUAUUGGUUUAUGGAUGCAAUGCAUUAGAUGGGUUUAAAACUACAAUUCCAAGUAAUUGUGCAUAGUAAACAGAUAUCGAUAACUUUCUUGAUUCGUCUUAUGCAGAAAUGAGUUUAAAGUUCUAUGUGACCUAAUACAACAUAACUUCUUAAAGCAGCUAAGUGAAUUACAGAAAUUCUAUCAUAUAUCCUGCAUCAAAUCAAUACUCUAUUACUACAUACAAAGCUGAAUAAUAAACUACAACAGUAAAUAAAGGAUUUAUAAUUUAAUCUGAAUCUGUUUACUCUGGUCCUAUAUAAUAUAACUAGGAAAGUCAAACAUUUAAUCAACCAAACAAUUAAAACCCUUACAUUGAACUUACUUUAAAAAUGGAUGAAAUAAUUCAAGUCUUUUAAAUCUAAUUUCCUACUUUCCCUGAAGUUUUAGCUUUAGUAAAUAGCACAUUUGCCACAUUGAUGACAGUAGGAGUAUUCUGUAAAUACUUCUCAUAAAAACUCAUUUUGCAAGACUUUUUCUUAGUGUUUUUAUAAAAUAUGUUUUAAGAUACAUACGAGUAAAUAUUAAGAAACAAUAAGCUUUUUACUUCAAAUAAGCCUCAUUUCUAGCAAACUUAAAUAGUAAAAAAAUAGACAACUUAAAAAGAAUAUUUCGAAGAAUCAAUCAUUGACUAACCUGAGAAUACGAGCAUAAAAAAUAUUCCUAAAUUUCAAACAUAGAUAAUGAAAUCGCAAAUACAAAGCAAACAGGUAAAUAAUGAAACAUAAUCUUUCGAAAUAGUCUAAAGUUAAAAUAAAAAAGAAAGAAAUAAUAAAUUCAAUUUUAAUAAUAUUUAAAACCAAAAAUAAAAUACAGUUGUUGAUUAAUCAAUUAAGUAAGAAGAGUCUCAAACAUUUUUCAUGUAGAACUUAAAUUAAUAGAGUUUUACGCCUUUUGAAUAAAAACCAAUCCAAUAAAAGUUUUAUAGUUCUACAGGAGUGAAUAAAGAAGAAUCAGAGAUUAUUAUAGAUCAAAAUAUUUACUAAUCUUAAAAUAAUGCAUCUCCAAAUAAUUUAAAAUCAAAUUAUAAAAAUUCACAAACAAUUGAUAAAUUCUCAUCAUUUAAUCCUAAUUCUAAAAAUAACUUUGAUUAUUACACAUAAAAGUUAAAAGCAAUUUCAGAUGUAAACAUAUUGUAGAAAUCUCGCUAGAUUAUUUAAAAUUCAAAAAAUACAUGCAAGUCUCUUUUAUCUAAGAUAAGGUAUUUGUUUAGAAAAAAUAAAUAUGAGCUAUCAAAUAGUUUUUCAAAAUUCAUAAGUGAUAAAAUUGAAAAGCGCAUGACUCAAAGUUUGGAGAUUUUUGAACUUUAUAAAGAUAUACUGUUUAUCAAAAAAGCAAUAAUGCUUUUGCUUACAAAAGAUUAAUUGGCUACAUUAAAGUUAGUUGGAUAUUCUUCAUUGUUCUUAUAGGCGUAGGAUAGCUCACAAAUUAACUAAAGUAAAACAGAAAUAAAAUCGAAAAUAAACUACCUAGAAAAAUAAUAAAAUAUUUUAGAUUCUGAAGAAUUAUAAAGUAAAUACAUUUUAAAGUUUUUAAAAAAAUGUUAAUCCAAAUAAGAAAUUAAUAUUUUAGAUUAAAGAAUAUUCUAAUGUAUUACUGGAAAUAAAAUCAUUUGA